AUGGCUAAGAAUAACUUCACUGUGGUCUCUUUCUUUAUACUCUCUGGAUUUGCAAAUCACCAAGAAUUACAAAUCAGUCUUUUCUUGAUGUUUCUUAUCAUUUAUUUCUGUACUGUUUUGGGGAAUGUUGCUCUAAUUAUGUUAAUCAGAAUUGACUCUCAGCUGCACACACCUAUGUACUUCUUUCUCAGUAACUUAGCAUUUAUCGAUAUAGUAUAUUCCUCCACUGUAACACCCAAGACGCUAGUCAACUUCCAGUCCACACAGAAAUCCAUCUCCUUUGUAGGUUGCUUUGUUCAGAUGUACUUUUUUGUUGGUUUGGUGUGUAGCGAAUGUUUCCUUCUGGGCUCUAUGGCAUAUGAUCGCUACAUAGCAAUCUGCAAUCCCUUACUGUAUUCCGUGGUUAUGUCCCAAAAAGUAUGUAACUGGCUGGGACUACUGCCCUAUGUGAUUGGCUUCACAAAUUCUCUGGUAUCUGUCUGUGUGAUAAGCAGUUUAGACUUCUGUGGUUCCAGCAUCAAUCAUUUUUUCUGUGACACCACAGCUCUUCUGGCCCUGUCCUGUACAGAUGCCUUCAGCACAGAGCUGGUGAUCUUUGUGUUGGCUGGGUUCACACUACUCAGUUCUCUCCUUAUCAUCACUGUUACCUACCUGGCCAUCAUCUCAGCCAUCCUGAGGAUCCAGUCUGCAGCAGGCAGGUGGAAGGCCUUCUCCACCUGUGCCUCCCACCUCACGGGAGUCACUAUCUUCUAUGGCUCCUUGAUUUUCACUUAUUUGCAGCCUGAUAACACAUCAGCUCUCACACAGGCCCAGGUGGCCUCUGUGUUCUACACCAUUGUAAUUCCCAUGCUGAACCCAUUGAUCUACAGCCUGAGGAACAAAGAUGUGAAAAACGCCCUCCUGAGAGUCAUACAGAGAAAAGUUUUACCAUGA